GUAUUUAUUUUAGGUUGGCAAAACGUAAAAUCAAUUUUUGUUUUUAUUUCGGGAAACUCCCCCUGAAGUGUCAAAUUUUCUUCAAUCCGAUCAAGUCGUUACUCAUUCAUUGAUAUAGAAAACUCAAGGAAAAUCGAAGCAAAAUGAUCCGGUUUAUCUUGAUCCAAAAUCGUGCUGGCAAAACCAGGUUAGCCAAGUGGUACAUGAACUUUGAUGAUGACGAGAAGCAGAAAUUGAUUGAGGAAGUCCACGCCGUUGUCACAGUGAGAGAUGCGAAACACACUAAUUUUGUUGAGUUCAGAAAUUUCAAAAUCGUCUACCGCCGCUAUGCUGGCCUUUACUUCUGCAUUUGUGUGGACGUCAACGACAACAACCUUUGUUACUUAGAGGCGAUCCACAACUUUGUGGAAGUUCUCAACGAGUACUUCCACAAUGUCUGUGAGCUUGAUUUGGUGUUCAACUUCUACAAGGUCUACACCGUUGUUGACGAAAUGUUUUUGGCCGGGGAAAUUCGAGAAACUAGUCAAACCAAAGUUCUCAAGCAGCUGUUGAUGCUGAACUCACUGGAGUAACUUCGGGCUGCUAUCAAAACAUAAUAUAUUUGUCAUUAUUAUGUGAACUGAAAGCGCAAGUGUAAAAUUUAACAUAUAUACAAAUAAUUAUUGGUAAUGUAUUGCCAAUUACAAUGUCAUGUAGCAACAUCCUUCAUUCAAAGCUAAUCAUGACUUCCGUCGUCAUUCCAUUUCAUGUAUAAAAAAAUUAACUGGAUCGAAUUUGGUUUGUUUAGAUCUGAAAAUGUGAAGUCUUUAAAAUAACCUCAUGUAAUAGAAUAUUGAUAAUAAAAAACAU